UUAUAAACUGGAGGAAAGGAAACUUACUGUCAGGGUACAUCAAAAUGCCGUGCUUGAAGGUUCUUCUCGCUGUCAGCGUGCUCGUCUGCUGCACAUUUUUAGCGGCUGAGAGUCAAAAUAACAUCUCGGUAGUGGAUCCGUCCGUCUAUCCCUAUUUGGUGAAGUUGGAUUUACUGAUUAAUGUGGAAUUGGAUUAUAUUGACUCUGAGGUGGGCUUGUUGGUCAGCAGCCAGUAUAUUCUUACUUCAAGUCGCGUAAAGGGGAUGAAGCCAUCGGAGAUCACGGUUAUAGACCAGCUGAGCAACCCACAUCGCGUAGCAAAAGUAGCCGGGAUUGUAAACGACAAUUUUUUCUACUUGAAAGUUUGUAAAAAGAUGAGUGGAGAAAAAUAUUCAUUUCAAGAGUCGAAAUUCUACGAUCUCUCCGCCGACACUCCAAACGCAGAGCUGCUUUUUUUCGAUUACUCGUCGACAGGCGGUGUAUUGAAUAAAUUCGCCGAUGUUACGGUGAUGAGCAAAGACAACUGCUCCGCCUCCUUCAACCAGUCGAUCAGCGAAACCGAUGUUUGCAUCUACAAUCUAGAAUGCUUAUUCCCAGAAUUUUGCUUGUCUUUUAGUGAUGAGUUCGUUGGUUAUAUUAAUCGAAAUCCGUUUAUCGCAAUCAAUGGACAGAUGCAUGGCUUUCUCAGUAUUUAUAGCUGCGAUCCUUGGAGAUUCGUGAGCGACAGUGACUGGACGUUCACAAAUAUCGCCCACUUCCGCUCAAACAUCAUUGCUGAGCUCCCAGAGGUGGAUAAUGUUUGAUAUCUAGUUUGUAUUAAUGGAAAUUAAAUGCAA